AUGCUUGUUUAUUCACUGUUUAUGUAUGUACGUUUCACCAUAAGAUUCAACAUGGCGAAACUGUGCAUACUUUUGUUCUUGGUCACAGUGUCAGCAGUAAUUGCAGCAAAUGAUAACAGAACAGCAGUCGUACACUUGAAAACUGCUACGGUGGAAGGCAACGUGACUUUCCAGCAAAUUGGUAAUGGGCAUGUACGCAUCACUGGAUUGAUUACAGGACUCGAAAAUGGGAAACAUGGUUUCCAUAUUCAUGAACGAGGAGACAUUGUUCCUUGUGAAGCGGCCGGCGGUCACUACAAUCCUCUCAUGAAAAAUCAUGGUUCUCCUACUGCUGCUGAACGACAUGUUGGUGAUUUGGGAAACAUUGAAUCUUCUGAUGGCAAAGCAAUGAUUGACUUUGAAGAUAAUGUUAUCUCUCUUAUUGGAGAAUACAGUAUUGUUGGCCGAUCUCUUGUUAUUCAUGCAAACGAAGAUGAUUUGGGUAACACAACUCAUCCUCAAAGCAAAACAACAGGCAAUGCAGGAGGCCGUGUUGCCUGUGGAGUUAUUGGAAUCAAGUAAUUUAAUACAUAAUAUUUACAACAAUGUGUUUUGCUUUGCUCACCAACAAACACAAUGCAUGCAAAGCUUCUGCCAUGUCACUCACUUCUUAGCUCUCAAUUUUUAGAGUAUCUGUUGUGUUUUCUCCUUAAAAGCACAUGUUUACACUUGCACUUUGUGUCAUCAGUUGUAAGAAGAUUGUAGUGAUAGUUUUGCUUGUUAUCUAAAAGAGAGAAAACAGAAUUUAGGUAUUCCUCAUUGAAAAGAAUGUAAUUUUUACACAUUAUAUUUGCCCCAAACACCCACUGAGCUUGUACAUUAAUAAAAGUUAAGUUGUUUAUCGUCAAUUAUACAUUUAUCAUGCUAUCAUGCUCACUACAUAUUAAAUAGAAUAAGAUUACGAUUUUGAGAUUUUGUUACUUUCAAAAAGACUGAUUUAUAAAUACUCCAUGGCAUUUGAAGUUUUUGGUUCAUUUCAAGUGACUGAUGCUGCACAAAGCUAAUAGAAUUACAUAGUAUAAUUAUCAUGACACUAUUUUAGAACAGACCUGCCUGUGUAUGUAGACUUGUGUAUGUAGACUUGAUUUAUAUUUCAUCACUUUUAGUGUUCUGUAUAAAGAAUGUUAUGCUGUCUAAUACAAUGCAGAUGAUUCUUCAUGAUCUUGUAGAACAUGAAGUAUAAUUUUUAUGAAGAAAUGUAGUUUUCUUUUUAUUUAUAUUCAAUAAUACUCUCCUUCUUUCCUGCACCAAGCAUUUCAACUUUUAAAUGCAUAAGUCUGUAACAAAUGUAAUAUCAAAGAAGAAAUAAGUUUUUCUUGAUAUGUAUGAGUACGAAAAAAACCUUUUUUGAAUAAUUUUUAGAAUUACAGAUUCUUAAAAGAUUAUUUUUUUACCUGAAAACUAGAAUCAAUAUGGAAGUAAAUUAGGGAGAUUGUGGAAUUCUAAUAAAAAAUACAGUAUUUCAAAAUAGAUAUACAUUACAGCACAUUACCAAUUCUUGUUGUCUUCGGUGCCAUUUAAGUUAGUAUUAGGCAACUUUGAUGCAACAUUAAAGCACAUAUAUUCUAUCUUGACCUAAUUUCAGAUAAACCAGAAAACUAGCUGAAUAACUAGACAAUUACAACAUCUUAACUAUUUCUCUCUAUAAAAGUUCCUUUAAUAUUAACAGAUACAAUUAAUCUUCCAGUUCAAACAAAACAUUAAUUCAACCUUAUGGGCAGAUAAGAAAGAAAUCCAAAAUAUUAUAACCGAUGAAGUAAUUGUGCAAGGUAAAAGACAUGAAGUAAAAUUUUACUCUCUGGAAAGGUGUUGUAAAAGUGCCAGAGCGUGCUCAGUGUUGCUGAUUUUUUUUUUUAUUUCCAGUACCAAAAAAUUUAACGCUUGCCAGUAUACUUCGGAGACAUUUUUAUUUUCUUGCCAUUAAGAUAAACCUAAAGAUUGCAGAUACUAAGCUUGCAUUCACUAAUGUUGAACUCUUCAUGUUUUUUGCUUAUUAGAGUUAAUUAUGCUGAUUUGUUGAUUAGGGAAUCUAGCACCAAUAAGAUUCACGCAGUUCAAUGAAAUGAAUUUAAUUAUAAAAAGUGUUGAGUUAUACAAAAUUAUCUAGAUAUUCAAAUUUUAUAAUUUUCUAUUCUUUGAUUUUUUGAAGUUUC